AUGGAGGAUGCUACUUUGAUCAUGGACUACGAUCAGGCGGCCGAGAUGCUCCGCCGUAUGGGCAACCCGUACGAUGAUCUGUAUGACCUAGCAGACUUCGACUCUGCCCUGAGCGCCUUCACACGCUCACGGGCGUCCUUCCUGAUAAUGACACCCUCUGUGAUAACGUCUCUUGAGGCGCUCUGUGACAGUAUACUUACUCUUCUUCGGCGACUGGGUGACUUUGCGAGCCCCGAUGAGGCCAUCGAUCUAUUGAAUCGCGUGGUUGCUCUGGUGCAACAAGACUCGCCAGUGAAGGCCGUGCUUCUCGACCGGUUGGCUCAUUUCUAUAACAUACUCUUCGACCGCAGGCGCAGAGACAACGAUAUUAAGGAAGCCAUCAAGGUUCUCGAGCGCUCCGCCGACACGGCAGUGACCCCGGAUGACCAUGCCUUGAAGCCGGUCCGCCUCAGUCGCCUUGGUUGUGCAUUACGGGUGGCGUUCGAACACUUCAACGACCGCCAGUUCUCAGCCGACGCCGAAUCUGUUCAUCGUAGAGCCGUCGAGAUUAUGCCAGACUACCACUUUUACAAAGUGAAAGGCCUGAACGACUUUGGGCAUGCCUUGCAAGUGAGCUUUAAGCGUCUUGAUCAGCUUGAUAACAUCGAAUCUGCCAUCCAAUGCCACCAAAGUGCUAUUGAUCUUCUUCGAAAACGGUCUCAGGAAAGACCUUCAUGCUAUCACCUCCUCGGGAGGGCACAGUUAGCCCGUUUCACUCGCUUCGGCGACACCGGCGACAUCGAUCCUCCUGUAGAGUUACUAGGGCGCGCCGUACACUUGUCCUCCAUGGACAAUUCCGACCAGCCUCUGCAUCUCGAUGCUCUUGGGAGUGCAUUGUGGGCGCGUUACCGCCGUCUUGGCCGCGUUGUCGACCUUGAGGGCGCCAUAUCCGCGCACAUACUCGCCUCUGAAAUAUGUGGCCAGUCGUACCCCGCGAGGCCAUCCAUACUUAGUAGUCUCGCCAGGGAACUACUGGCCCGCUUCGAGCGCUCGCGUGAGCCAGACGAUCAAGAUGAUGUCAGCGAUCUGGAGAAGUCAGUGUCCUUCCAUCUUCUUGCCAUCAGGUCGACCUCAUACCACGAUUACGAAAAACCUAUGCGAAUGCGUGAAUAUGGUUGCGCCAUGCUAGCCAGGUUCGAACGUCAAGGGGAGGCAAGCGACCUUGAAACUGCCGUGUCCGCCCUGCGUCUCGCAGUGAAGCUGUCAGACGAGCGCACACAAGGCGACAGGAUGAAUGACCUCGGCAUAGCGCUGUUGUCCCGUUUCAAGCGCUUCGGCAAAACCAACGAUCUUGAGGAGUCUAUUUCGACUGUGCGCUCUGCCAUGGCUUCAAAGACGACAACUGUCGCCAAGCACAUCUUCCCACCGAUCUCAAUCUAUCGGGGCCAUCUUGGUGUUGCGUUAUUCGCUCGGUAUGAGAGAUACGGAAACUUGGACGACCUCGUAGGCGCUAUAACGGAGCUGUGCCACGCACUGCGAUUAGCCGCCGAAGAUCAGCGCGCCGAAGGUGGAUCGACGAAAGAGGAACUUAAACCUACUAGAGAGGUUACCAGGGAAGCUAUGACGACGAACAUGGCUGAGGAGUCCGGGGGCCACGUCGCUCACAACUCUCUGCGUACUACUUCCAGCGACUACGAGGAGUUGAAGACCUUUCUGAAUUCCACCAUCGAACAGCCUGUGGAUGGUCAUUUGGAUCCCUUUCGCCUAGCCUGCAGCCUGGGACACGCCUUCCAAGCGCGAUUUGAGCGGUUGGGUGAACCAAAUGACUGCGAGAUUGCCUUGACUGUGCAUACUAUUGCCUGUGAUCUAGUACCUGAUACCCAUUGCGACAAGCACAUACUUCUCGACGGUCUUGGAGUUGCUCUUCAUACUCGCUUCCGUCGUCAGCAGGCUAACGAGGAUCUCGAUAAUGCCAUAUUGAAUCAACGGCGCGCUUUCGAGCUCACACCCAAAGGCCAUCCAUACAUGCCAUAUAUACUCAGUCACAUUGGACGUAGCUUGCAGACUCAGUCUCAAACUCGACCGGAGCACAUCGUCGAGGAUCUUGCUAAUUCCAUUUCAUAUCUGCGCCGAGGUGUCCAAUUCACCCCGAACGAUCACCCCGAACGGUCUACCCGUUUCAGUAUGCUUGGCCACGCAUUGCGUGCUUCGUUCGAGCACUCGCAUGAAAUCAUUGAUCUCGAUUGGGCCAUUACCGCUCACUUUCACGCGACCGAGUUGAUUCCAAAGGACCAUCCCAGGAAGGUUGCGUUUCUCAACGACCUUGGUUCUGCGUUGCAAGAGCGAUUCCAGUUUAGCCAAUCCAAGCGUGAUUUCGAUGCCACCAUCGAGCGCUACUUAGCGGUCAUGGCCCAGGCGUUCGGGGAUCCAGAAAAGCGACUAGAGUCUGCGGCAAGCUGUGUUGAGAUGCUAUCUUCACAUCGCGAUGAGUUCGGCUCUGUGAACGUUCUGCUUCUCGCACAUUCAUAUAUCAUCGAGCUUCUUCCCGAGUUGGCUUGGCUUGGCCACGGAGUCACUCGGAGAUACGAGGAAACAGCUCGUCUUGGUGCUUUUGUGAAUGACGCAGUCGUGACCGCUGUGCAGAAUGGCGAAGUGCACUACGCCGUUCAAUGGCUUGAGGCAGGAAGAUCCAUUGUGUGGACGCAAAUACUGUCCCUUCGCGAACCCUUUCGCGAUCUGGAGGUGCAAUGGCCGGAUUUAGCGUAUGACCUUUGGAGUUCCUCUUCUGAACUCCGAGACUCUGGACAUAGGACAGACUUCACGGCGCCGCAAGAUGACGGACUUGAUGAGGAUCAUACUUCCACUGCAGUUCGGAACAGAGCUGCCGAUCGCCAUCGUCGUCUUGUUACGCAAUAUGAUAAGACAUUAACUGAGAUCAGAUCACGCUCCGGAUUCGAGACAUUUCUGCGCCCGUUGACACUAGAGGGCAUCAGGACGUCCUUCCGCGCCACUCGUGCAGAUGGGCCCAUCAUCUUCGUCACCCCAAUGAGUGGUGCGCUUGCCAUUUUCCCUGACGAUAGGGAGGUCAUACAUAUCCCUCUUCCGGAACUGACAGAGACUCGCGCUCUCAAUCUGAGCUCAACAUGGUCACGAUCACUUCAGUCAUCUAGUUCCAGAAGAACAGUGCGCGGAGCACUUCUACUGGACAGACUCAAAGUCAUGGGAGGGACGACUUUGAUCGGACUCGUCCUAGGGCAGUUGUGGGAAUGGAUCAUGCAUCCCAUCCUAUACGCGCUGGCUCUCCCAGUACACCCUUCAGAUGCCACUUUUCAAUCCCAGAUACCAUUGAAGAAGAUGCUUCACAUAACUUGGUGUCCUACCGGAAUCCUCACUCGACUCCCUCUUCACGCCGCAGGAGUCUAUGACUUCUCACAAGAUGUUAGGCCGCGUGUAUUCGAUUAUGUGGUCUCCUCAUACACUCCAUCUCUGUCCGCCUUGUUGCGUUGCUAUAGAGGAUCAGAUAGCAGGAACAUGGAGCCAAGGAUGUUGGUAGUCGCGCAACCCGACACCCCCAAUCACGCUUCACUUCCCGGCACUGUAGACGAACUCGAGCGACUUAAGAACGUCUUUCUCCGGUCACCGCCCACAAUCCUGAAUGACAAGGAGGCGACUGUCGAUCGAGUAUUAUCCAGUAUACGCGAAUACCCUUGGGUACACUUUGCCUGCCACGGAGCACAGUCGGCGAAAGACCCAACAAACAGCCACUUUGCUCUGUACAACGGGCCAUUAUCAUUAUCUGCUUUGAUGGGAACCACUACGAGCAACGCUGAACUGGCGUUUCUUUCGGCGUGUCAGACGGCUGUCGGGGAUGCGAGGGUUCCAGAGGAGUCGGUACAUCUCGCAGCAGGGAUGCUUGCCGUGGGCUUCAAGGGUGUUGUGGCCACGAUGUGGUCAAUACAAGACGCAGACGCACCAACGAUUGUUGAGGCAUACUACCUAGAACUCCUCAAGCACAGGUCUGUACGAGGAGAUACGACUGGGCGUACGGAAGCAGCAUACGCGCUACAUGAAGCACUGAAGGUUUUGCGGACUGACGUCAAGGAACGCAACUUCAUGAGAUGGGCCCCAUUCGUACAUUUCGGGAUAUAG